UCAGCAUGUGGGGUAGCAACGUCACCAUCACCUUGGCUACAGGAUCCUGUCUUGGUGAAGGCCGGGUAGAGUUCGGGGGGAGAGAGGCAGGCAAAACAGUGUCAGGCAUCCCACAUCCUGAGUAGGCCUACUGUAUGCACUCACAGAUCAAGUUCCACAUGCAAGUGCUAGGUUUCUCCAUUCAGCUGUUACUCAUUCCAUCCAGUUGCCAAGAAUGUGAACUUCAUAAGAAGAAACAGGUUCCAUCACUGUCCAGGGAUCAGAGUCAAAUGCUCCAAGAUCGGUGCAGUGAGCAGUCAUGGACACUUCUGGCAGCAAGUUACAGCAGAAGGCUCUGCAGCAACCUAAGCAGAAGAAAUCCAAGUCGGCUGAAUUUCUGAUGGGCGGAAUGGAGGAGAGUGCUGUGGUGGAAGGCAUUGAAAACCCUGUCUUCGAUGGCAGCUACAGCACAGAGCUUUCAGCUUCUCAGGCUUCAACAGGGAGAGAAAUUCAACGUGACAGGCAAGAUAGCACCCUUGCAGCUCACCAACAAAAAAUGGAGCUGCGAGCCCCUGCCAAACCAAGAGUUUCCACAGGAAAUGAGCGUGCCCGAAAUUACUUUGACCCAGCGCUGGUGCAGGAAACCAACCCAAGGCGGUGCGGGAUGGCGGAGGUCGGCACAGAAGAUGAGCUGGAAUUAAAAAUAAUGAACCAAGAUGAAAAGGGCCUAUAUCAGAAAAUGGCUGAAAUGCUGGACGCUGACGACGACAUAACCAUCAUAGAGUUACCAGUGCAGAAGUGA